UUAUUACAGUAAAUUUGCGGCCAGUGUUUGCAGCUGCAUGAGCAGCACGCACCACCGCGUGGGGCCGAACGCGCAUGCUCAGUGGGUGUUGCUCGCUGCCGCUUCUCCUUCCCGCAGACCUUGUCCUCUACCGUGAGACGCAAAAAGAGGCGCUGCCUUUGCGGAACAAAAGCGAGUCAGAUACUGACCUCCGACCUGUCCUGUCACAGACAUCAUGGCUGUCCCCCCCUCAUACUCUGACCUGGGCAAAUCUGCCAAGGAUGUCUUCAGCAAGGGCUACGGAUUUGGGCUUGUGAAGCUGGACCUGAAGACCAAAUCGGAGAGUGGGGUCGAGUUCAUUACCUCUGGAUCCAGUAGCGUAGACACUGGCAAGGCCACUGGAAACCUGGAAACCAAGUACAAAUUGCCUGACUUGGGGCUCAGCUUCAGCCAGAAGUGGAACACGGACAAUAACCUGACCAGCGAGAUUACCCUGGAGGACCAGCUCGCUCAGGGUUUGAAGCUGACUUUUGACACCUCAUUUGUGCCGAACACAGGCAAGAAAAGCGGCAAGCUGAAAGCCGGCUAUAAGCGGGAGUACGUGAACCUGGGCUGCGACGUGGACUUCGACCUCGCGGGGCCCACGGUGCACGGUGCCGCGGUGCUGGGCUACGAGGGCUGGCUGGUGGGCUAUCAGAUGGCCUUCGACACGGCCAAGUCCAAGCUGGUCCAGAACAACUUCGCGCUGGGCUACAAGGCCGGCGACUUCCAGCUGCACACCAAUGUGAACGAAGGUACGGAAUUCGGAGGUUCCAUCUACCAGAAGGUGAACGACAAACUGGAGACAGCAGUCAGCCUGGCUUGGACUGCCGGAAGCAACAACACGCGGUUCGGCAUCGCUGGCAAGUACCAGCUGGACCAGGACACCUCUCUGUCGGCCAAAGUGAACAACGCAAGUUUAGUUGGAAUUGGCUACACGCAUAGCUUGCGGCCAGGUGUGAAGCUCACCCUUUCUGCGCUGAUUGAUGGCAAAAGCUUUAAUACUGGGGGACACAAAGUUGGGUUGGGCUUUGAGCUGGAGGUGUAGAGAGGGAACGAACUGAGCAACAAAGUGAUGAAGAGCUGAGGACGCCUACUGAAGAUAGCAAUACCUCCAUCCCCCACCCCACCCCCCCCAGCCCAAGCCCUACCACCAAACAUGGCAAACAUGCAAACCUUAUAGUAGCCAAUGUUUUGGUCUGGUCCAGGGUCACCAUGACACAGAUGAUGGGACAGCAGCUGAACGGUGAACGUUUCAAGGAAAGACGGCCAUGAUACACUCUUAGCGUUGCGUGACAAAUGUGUUGAACUGCCCCCCUUAAAUAACACAUCCUCAAAACUCCUGGGUUUAGCCAAAACCAGUUACCUCACUGAAUAAUUUACUGGGCCCUGUGUCAUUAGCCAGUACUGGGAGUCUAUUGAUAAUGUGUUUUUUUCUUUUUUCCUUGCAUUUUAACGAUUCAAAUAGGCCCCUCUGUGCAGUUAUCUCAAUAGCUUGAAGGAUACAAUAUCGCAUUUUGACGUUUUUUGAGUUUUUUUUAGGUCACUAGAUUCUCAUUUUGCUUCAGAUAUGCUUUACAGGCAAAACAACGGAGCAGAGGUUGCAUAAGGAUCAUCACUGAAGUUGAGAAACACUAACAGGACACAGAAACGCUAUGCAAUGAGGUGGAGAGAUUGGUUGGAUUGUGACUUUCAUCCGGACGGCCGCUGUGCAGCGGCGCAUGCAUUAGCAGACCCGUGCUGCUGACUGCGAUCCUCUACAUGGGCCUGAAUGGCUGUGGGACGCCGUCUUUACCUCUCGUCGUGUUAUUGAUGGUUAUGAUUUCAAUUUCCUAUUUGUGCACCCUUGUCAGGUCAGAAGAUCGCUUGCCCUUUGUUGCUCUACGUAUCGGUACUAUCAUUUUAAGUAUGAUUGAUCUGAUGGAUGAUCUGUGCCCGGGGACACAGUUUCUCUUCUUGUGUUUACUUCAAAAUAAAUAUAAAGACUUUAAAGGCUCUUCGCACUA